GAGAAUACCAAACCAACCGUUACGUUCCUACGUUACGACACUCUCAAAGCGAUCGGUGAAGGGUUUGUGGGUCAUGGAUGAGGAAGGUAAAUAAAGGAGAAGCGCUGAUAUUCCACACGGUUACCGGGAGCUUUCACGCUGAGGCACCUGUCUUUUUGAUACGGUUGGUGGAGGACACACCGGAGAGGAGGGAGUGUCGGUUCGGCUCCAGCAGCAGCAGAAGCUGUCGGCGUUCUCAGGGUUUGCCUCGUGCUUGUGUUGCCAUGGCGAUGCGGGAGUUGGUGGAGGCCGAGUGUGGGGGAGCCAAUCCCCUCAUGAAGCUGACCGGUCACAUGACCACGGAGGGGGGAGCAUGGCGGCACCGCUCAACACCUACAAUGCCUCCCUCUUCUAUUGAAAUUGCAACUGAGGAAGAGCUGGUGAAUGAGUUCCUCCAGGCGCCCCCUCGCCCCCCUCACACAUUUGACAUGGGUCAGCUGUUGGAGGAAAUGCAGCAGAUUGACCAGCAGAGCUACAGGCAAGCUCCACAAAGAGCUCCAGAUGUGGCAGCGUUGGCGCUCUCCGGUGAUUGGACGGCUGAGUUCCUCUCCGGUCCGGACUCCGCCUCCGCACCGGGGCUCGUGGCUCUCGGGGAAGCGGCAGAAGCUGAUUGGACGAAAGAGUUUAUCGCUGAGGCUGCAGAUCCUGGUCGCUGGGCGGAGGAAUAUCUGGAGCAGUCGGAGGAGAAGCUUUGGCUCGGAGAUCUGGGAGACAAGGAGAGCGAAUGGACGAAGGAGUAUCAGCCGGGGGAGGAUCUGAGGCAAACAGCCAAUGAGCUCGUCGCAAAGGUCGACGACCCAAAGUUACAAAACUCUGAGUUCCUGCGUUUCAUUAGGCAGAUUGGAGAGGGCAGUGUGACAGUGGAGAACAUGACAGACAAACAGCUGAGAGAUAGAGCUCAGGCGGAGGAGGCUCAGAGCUGGGCCUCCCACCUCAACCAGUUCCUGACGGAGACGGGGGGAGGGAGUCUCCCCCUGCAGCCUCCAGAGAGGGAGGAGAAGAUUGAGAAAGUUAAAGCUAAACAAGCUCGGAAGUGGGCAAAGGUCGUCAGGCAGGUUUCACACGACUCGGCUGAAGCUUGGGUCGAUGAGUUUGCUACUUCAGGGCCGGACUUCCAGCAAGCUAAAGCUGCAGUGGAGAGUGAUGUGGAUUUCUGGGAGAAGCUGCAGCAGGAGUGGGAGGAGAUGGCCAAGAGAGACGCAGAGAGCCACCCCUGGCUGUCGGACUUCGAUCAGCUGCUCAGCACCUCCUAUGACAAGGGGUAUCAGUUUGAAGAGGAGAACCCGUACUUGUCCCACCCGGACCCUCUGUCCGAGGGGGUGAAGAGGAUGGAGGCGGGGGAUAUCCCCGGUGCCGUGCGGUUCUUUGAGAGCGCCGUGCAGAAAGAACCAGACAACCAGCUGGCUUGGCAGUAUCUGGGAUCCUGUCAGGCUGAGAACGAGCAGGAGUUCGCCGCCAUCAGCGCCCUCCGCAGAUGUAUAGAGCUGCAGAACGAUAACCUGACGGCUCUCAUGGCGCUGGCGGUCAGUUUCACCAACGAGUCGCUGCACAGGCAGGCCUGUGAGACGCUCCGUGAUUGGCUGAAGCACAACCCGAAGUACCACUCAGUGUGGGAGCAGAGCGAGAGCCAGAGGCAGGAGGGAGCGAGUGAGAGGGAGAAGGAGAGGGAGAGGUUCGGAUCCCUGCUGCCAGAAUCCCUGUUUGCAGACGUCCAGUCGCUCUUCCUGCACGCAGCGAACUCCGACCCGGCUCAGGUUGACCCGCAGCUGCAGUGUGGACUCGGAGUCCUCUUCAACCUCAGCGGGGAGUACGAUAAGGCGGUGGACUGUUUCAGCGCCGCUCUCUCUGUCACCCCACAGGACUACCUGUUGUGGAAUAAGUUGGGCGCCACGCUGGCUAACGGCAGCCGCUCAGAGGAAGCUGUGGCCGCCUACAGGAGAGCUCUGGAGCUGCAGCCAGGGUUCAUCCGCAGUCGAUACAACCUGGGAAUCAGCUGCGUCAACCUGGGGGCACACAGAGAGGCGGUGGAGCACUUCCUGGAGGCUCUGUCUCUGCAGCGCCAGGCCUCAGUGGAUGGAGCGAGGGCAGCGCGGGGUCCCGGGGGCGCCGCCGCCACCAUGAUGUCCGACAACAUCUGGUCCACGCUGCGCAUGGCGCUCAGCAUGAUGGGAGAGAGCCCUCUGUACGCUGCCGCCGACCGACGAGACUUAGACACGUUGCUGGCUCACUUCUACCAGAGGGAGGUGGAGGGGGGGACAGAAUGAAGCCACAUCGAGUGUGAGUGCAUCUCGCUGGGAGGGAAAUGUCUGGGAGACUGAAUGAAGAGCAGAGGAGCGGUGACAGAGAGAUGGACGAGGAAGACACUGUGAAUCAUCCUGGACAGUCGUGGUUUCAUUUGCUCUUAAAUGGCUUCAAAAACAUUGCAGUAUUAGUCUGGAAGACACAGCCAGAUGAACUACAAACUGUUAAACAUGUUGGACCGUCCGCACAUUUCCUCUGACUCUGUUGAUCCGAAGAAAUGGGUUUGAUUUAAUGUCACUUUUGUUGUUAAUUUGAAUUGUGUUCUCAAUGAAGAAAGAAAAUCACGAGCGCUGCAGGAAGGAGACAUAAAACAUCCGACAUGAGUUGCUUUGCUCUUCCUUCUCUUGAAGUCAAUGUUUCGUUGAAAAGGCUUUUGGUUUUCAUGGCUGAAAUAUGGUCUGUGGUUAACACAAGCUUAAGAGGUGUUCUCAUGUUGUGCUAUGACGUAAAACAAGUCGGUAAUACCCCACUUUGAAGCUUUAACAUGUCCUAAAAAAAGGCGAUUGCUAACAAGGGGCUGAAUGUAACUACAGAGGCUGCUUUGGACAUGAAACAUCUUCACAUGAAACAUCUUCACAUGAAACAUCUUCACAUUAAACAUCUUCACAUUAAACAUCUUCACAUUAAACUUCUUCACAUGAAACUUCUUCACAUGAAACAUCUUCACACCAAACAUCGGACGACCCAGCUAGUCUUUGGAAUCAUGUGACUGUGGUGUAGUUUUGUUUUUAUCCUAACAUUGGCUUUUUACUUCAACUGAUUGCAUUCACACUUCAAAAAGUGUCCAAAUCUCAAAAACCUUUCUUUGCCAUAGAGCUUAUGUUCAAAUCCCAUUGAGUUGUUGUUGUUGUUGUUGUUGUUGACACAGUGCGAUGCUAACCUUAUGCUACGUCAUUCCUGCAGCACUCUGUGUGUCCGGUAGUGUUCAUCAGGACUCUCGAUGCUCUCUCCCUCCACAGUAGGCUGUAGAUCGAACUGUAAACUCUACAGUUUUGUAAUUAAAUGUACAAUGUUGCUGUGACAUCAAAAAGAGUACUGCUUUUUUUUUAACAAAAGUGCUCCCAAGAGAAGGAAUAGGCUCAGAGUUCAAACACUAAUCAGAUGCUGCAGCGGCUUGUUUGUCUUUCUUCUUUUGUAUUUUAUUUAAUUUUGUUAUCAAUUAUCAACCAGGAUAUCGAACUGACAACCAGCGGGACUGUUAUGAUUGUAUGUGUGAGAGAAUGUGUGUGUGUGUGUGUGUGUGUAUUAAUCGUGCAUCUGAUGAUACGGUCAUGUAAUUGUAAUAUCAUUGAGAACGGUUUCUCUGGGCUCCUCCCUUCUCUUGCUCUUUUUCAUAACGCUCUUGUAAAACAAUUUGCUUCGUUGUAAGAUAAUGCUCUCUGCCAUAUUGUGUGUUGUAACAUAAUUGUUGCACUAUAAUUGUGUUCAGGCAAGUUGUAUCCUGACUGCAAUGUUUAAUAUAAUAUUCAGCAAUAAAGCUUUGGUUCCCAGA